UCUGCCCUCUUGUGGCCGUAGUCAACUUUUACAGCCGACACAGGAGACGCAUCACUCGUUUAGCUGGAAAGUGCAACUAUGGAAGGAGUAACUUGGAUGUUGACAGCGGACAUCGACCCAAUUUUUGCCGUUAUUAACUGUACCUCUACAAAGGGGUGAGUAGUGCUGUGCUGCCGCCUGCAGAAGUAGGAUGAGUCCUUGCGGCUCGGACUGAGUCACAUUGUGUUUGGAUGGUCAAUAGUCGAGGAAGCCUCAUUAGUGUAUUUGAACAGACGUGUUUUAACCAGGAUUCUGCUGUCAGUGUGUGGCCACACUUUCACUCUGCUGACACUGGGGAUUCCCCUGUCAGUAUGCCUCACAAGAGCAAAAAAGAAAAGGAAUCCUCCAAAUCUGGAAGAUCUAAGAAAUCUGGAAGUAAAAAUGGGUCUUCAGGUGACCAAGAAGGCGCCAGUAAGAAAGUGCCUCCUGCAACUCAGCUGAUGAGGGUAAAGCAGCCAGGGUCACAAUCGGCCAUGAAGCGGGAGAAGAGGUUCAGCACAUCCUCUUUCCCCCUAAGUGCUAACAGAGAGCUACAGAAGCUACCCGAACUAGCCGAUGUGGCCCCUGCGGAACAGGAGAAGCUCUUCAUCCAGAAGCUGCGACAGUGCUGUGUUCUUUUUGACUUCCUGUCCGACCCAUUGAGUGACCUGAAAUGGAAGGAAGUGAAGCGGGCAGCUCUGAGCGAAAUGGUGGAGUACAUUACCCACAACAGGAAUGUCAUCACAGAGCCCAUCUACCCGGAGGUGGUUCACAUGUUUGCUGUGAAUAUGUUUAGAACAUUGCCUCCAUCAUCCAACCCAACUGGAGCAGAGUUUGAUCCUGAGGAGGAUGAGCCAACACUUGAAGCUGCAUGGCCACACCUCCAGCUUGUCUACGAAUUUUUCCUUAGGUUUUUAGAAUCCCCUGACUUUCAGCCUAACAUAGCGAAGAAAUACAUCGACCAGAAGUUUGUUAUGCAGCUCCUAGAACUAUUUGACAGCGAGGAUCCCAGAGAGAGAGACUUCCUCAAAACCACCCUCCACAGGAUCUAUGGAAAGUUCCUGGGGCUGAGAGCAUACAUCAGAAAACAGAUCAAUAACAUUUUUUAUAGGUUUAUCUAUGAGACAGAGCACCAUAAUGGUAUAGCUGAACUACUGGAAAUACUUGGAAGCAUAAUCAAUGGAUUUGCCUUACCACUAAAAGAAGAGCACAAGAUUUUCCUGUUGAAGGUUUUAUUGCCUCUGCACAAAGUUAAAUCACUCAGUGUCUACCAUCCACAGCUGGCCUACUGCGUGGUGCAGUUUUUGGAAAAGGACAGCACUCUAACUGAGCCGGUGGUAAUGGCUCUACUAAAGUACUGGCCAAAGACUCACAGCCCCAAGGAGGUGAUGUUCCUCAAUGAACUGGAGGAGAUCUUGGAUGUGAUUGAGCCCUCUGAAUUUGUUAAGGUGCAGGAGCCUCUCUUCAGACAGUUGGCCAAAUGUGUUUCCAGCCCCCACUUCCAGGUGGCAGAGAGAGCCCUGUACUACUGGAACAACGAGUACAUCAUGAGUCUGAUCAGUGACAACGCAGCAAAGAUUCUGCCAAUUAUGUUCCCCGCUUUGUACCGCAACUCAAAAACUCACUGGAACAAGACCAUCCACGGCCUCAUCUACAACGCUCUGAAGCUUUUCAUGGAAAUGAAUCAAAAGCUUUUUGAUGAUUGCACACAGCAGUACAGGGCUGAGAAAAACAAGGAGAAGGCAAAGUCAAAAGAACGUGAAGAGGCUUGGCUCAAGAUUGAGAACCUCGCCAAAUCAAAUCCACAGUUCUCUAUGUAUGUUCAUUCCUCUGACCUCAAUAGUCCUGUAGCAAUGGAGACGGAUGUCCCUUUGAUAGAAGAUGUUCAGAGGUUAAAAAAGACAGUUGAGGAGGGCGCAACUCAGUUGCAGCAUGACCAGCGGAAAGAGCGGCCCAUGAUGCGACGCAAAUCAGAGUUGCCUCAGGAUAUCUACACCACAAAAGCCUUGGAGUCCCACCGCAGAGCUGAAGACAUGUUGACCACCCACGACGGACUCUAGGUCCCACCAUCUGCUGGCUCUUGGUUCAGUUAACCCUCCUACACUCUACAGCCAUGGACAUCUUUUUUGCCCGGGUGCCAGAGUUACACUGGCGAUCCAAGCUGGGCUUUCCACCCCCAACUCCCCCAUCAGUUUCCCCCAGAAUAUUUAGUUCUCCUUAUUCCUGCUGCUCCAGAACAGAAAACCUGUAUCCACCUCCUUCAGAUUUCUUCUUUCUCAGGUUUUUUUUUUCCCUUUAUUUGAAGAGGAGUAGGAGUAUGUUUGUGUGACUUUUAGCCCUGUAUUUUCCAGUCACUUUCCUCAUUUGUUCACCUUCCACUCUCCUCUCACAUCACGGUGCGCUCACUGUAAUUGUGGAACCUGAGAGUACAGACAGCACAACACAGGUUCUUCAUUCCUUCUUACAAAUGUGUUCACAAUGGCUGGAUAUGGAAAACUAGGACCUGCCUGACUAAAUGUCUAAGGAUCGUCUCUUGGUCUUUUCUCUGUUUUCUUUCAAAGGGAACAAAAACAGACCUUAUUGUUCAGAUGAAAGACACAACUUUCUGUUACCUGUUGUACGUUUUCUUUAUUUUUGCUCUAACACGCAUCUUGUCAGUGCCAAGACUGUUGUGUUCUGUUUGUUUCAUGUUUGUAUCCGUGACUUUAACAGGGUCACCUGCCUUUGUUUCCAGUCACUGGUGUUUUUGAUUUUUUUUUUUUUUUUUUUUUGGCAGGGGGGCCUGUUUUGUUUUUGGUUUUUUUUCUCUCCCCCACUUAAGACUAAACUGAGGCCUGUCCUUAGCCUUGCGAUCUCCAGAAAAGACGGCUAGUAAAGAUUUAAGUUGUCCUGUGGACAUCUUGACACUUCUCAUUUAUUGUUUUGUGCCAUAUGCCGCUCUUUUGUAUGCUUGCUUCCUUACAUUCAUUGGCAAUAUUUAACAACCAGACCACGGCAAUGUCUACAGUUUAAACAAUGGUAUUGAAUGAAAACUGUGUAUUUGCUGCCUAUGUUGUUGUAGCAUGCUGAAUAGAAAAAUGCAGAGCAUGGCACAUUCAGGAUGAUAUGAGAUAGGGUAUAAAUAAAUUAUAUAAGAAGAAUAGGGAAAAUGUAAAGGGAAUGUAAUAGAGUGAGUUCUUCCUGUGUUGAAUGGAGGAGGAGGUACAGAUUUGUACUGUUAUAACACCUGCAAACUCCACUUGCUUUUUAGCAUUACUCAGCACAUUUGCUCAUUGCUUUUUUGGGGGUUUGAUACCCUCCAAGAAGUAGAUAUGGAAUUAGUUUAUGAAAUAUAAGUUAUUCACAGAUUUAUUUUUUUUUUAAAGACCUGCCACAAAUGUUACCAAAUAUAAAGAUGUAGCAUGUUUGUUUUGCUACCAUUCCGAAUCUCACUUUUCUGAUUUGUAGGUUUUAUAAAUUGUAUCCUUCUCAGUGAGGAAGAUUUUAAAGUUUGGGAAAUAUUUUCCAAUCAGUACCAUUGUUUAAACUAUGGAGGUCUGCUAGAUGUCUUCAUAUUCGAUGUGUUGUAUUUCAUUGUAUUGUCUCUGGAGGUUAGUAGUGUGGAUGUCAGGUUUUGGAUUUUUUAAUUUUUUUUUGGCUGUUCAGAAUGCCUAGUGCUGAAACACACUAGUGCGAAAUGGCCACAAAAAUACCAGAUGCUGAAAAUAAACUGACAUUGUGACUUGGCUUGUUAACUGUAUUAAUACUGUAUUUGCUUGAACGCAAAAAGAUGUAAAUUAAAACUACCAUGUUAAACAUGUACAUUUUACCCUGGAGGAAUGCCAUUCACCAAACUGAUUUCUGUUUAUGAAACAGUCCUGCUUGCUGGGAGAGAUGUUUUAAUGAAUUCGAAUGAGUUUUGAGUCAGAAAUGUCAGAGGUUUCUUUUUAGUGCUGAAAAACAAGUCAACCGUGACGAUAAGAGAUGAUUUUAAAAUGAUUUGGCGGCUUGUUCUCUUCUGCAGGAUCUUUUCAAAUCUUUUAAUUUUAACAUAUUAUUUCCAAAACAUAACUUAAAGUGUCCUUUUUGUAUGUGACCUGUACUAUAUGCUUCAUUUAAUAUUGUAUAUAUGAGUUACCUUGUUUCAUGUAGUGUUAUAUAUCUAGAUUAAUUUUGUACAAAUUGUCCCUCUGUACAGAAUAAAACAUCAAUAGCAAGUGAAAGAAGUCAAUCUGGCACAUACCAUCUUAUUGCUCCUCUUUUUGGCUGUACUUUGAGCAUCAUGAGAAUUUAGAAAAUGGGGCUUAUUUUUAUUAUUAAAAACUGCAAAGUUUCCUCCCUCCACUAAAUAACUGAAAAAUAUCCAUCCCCAUUGUGUGAUCCUAUCCCUGUCUUUAGUGGUGUAAAAACUAUUAAAUGAAUAAAGAGAUUAUUUGAAUA